AUGUCUGAUCAAGAGAGUGAUGAUCAAAUGGAUGAUCAGCCGAGUGUACCAGAUCAAAAAGUAAAUCAUAGGAAAUCGGCUGGAUGUUGUCAAAAUUAUGGGAAUGCAAUAACUCAUGGACUGUUUCGAAAGAAACGUCAUGAAAGAGAUAUUAAGCAGGUUCUUGAAAGUCGUCUUGAAGUACAAAAGUGUACUACAACUGUUAAUGAUGCUACUGUUAUUGACUGUGAUCGACUACCAAAGAAUCUUCUAGAGUCAUCUACAAAAUCUUGGCAAUCAGUAGAAGAUUGUCAAGACGAAGAAAAACCUUCAACAGAAGAAGCUGGUAUUUCAAAUUCAAAUAAUAGUAGUAAUAAUAAUAUAGUGGAUUUAGUUCAUCAAGAAAUUACUGAAUUGGAAAUGCGAGCUCGUGCUAUCCGUGCAAUGCUUAAAAAGAAAUCUGUCCAGUUGAAGUGAUCAAUGUAAAAAUUCCCUUCCCAAUUGGGUUCAUGUCCUCAAUGUCUCCUCCCCUCCCCUUUGGCAUUUGCUCAAUUCAACUCAAUUCAGCUGUGCUCAGCGCUCUUCAUCAAUAAUUUGGGUUGUUGUGUAUCUGUCAAUUUAUUAUUUUAUGACUUAUUGUACAGUUUUCAGUUAGUUCGUUUGAAUGAAUAUUUUGAACUAUAUGUGCAAAUGUUUAUCUGUCAUAUUCCUUUAUGACCUCUAUUCAAAGUCCUUUACUUCGGGGUGCUUCCUUCCAGCUUCUCCAAGAAUAAUGUUACA